UUAGUCCUUCCCAUCCAUUUUGAGAAUGGAAGCGUUCCAGAUUGGGCCACUGAGGCUCGCUCUUCUAGUUCUGCUGAGCAGUGUGUCAUUUGGAGUGGUUGAACUGGAGCCCCUCGCUCAAAACCAGCCUCAGUCUCUUAGUCCCCAUCCGCCUCAACAGAACAUCACCCUGGCAGUCAUCCUUCCUCUACACAACACUAAGUACCCCUGGGCAUGGCCCCGGGUUGCCCCUGCCUUGCACUGGGCCCUGGACAAGGUGAACUCGGACCCCAACCUGCUGCCAGGCUACCAUCUACAACUGGUCUUCAACAGCAGCGAAAACAAGGAAGGAGUGUGUUCGGAUUCAGUGGCUCCUAUCGUGGCCGUGGACCUGAAGUUCUCAUAUAACCCCUGGGCUUUCAUCGGGCCGGGUUGUGACUACUCGUCCUCACCUGUGGCCCGUUUCACCACACAUUGGGAGGUUCCAAUGAUCACAGGUGGGGCGAGAGCACUGGGUUUCAAUUUGUACUCGUCCAUCACCAACGUCGGCCCAACUCACAAAAAGCUGGGCGAGUUUGUGGUCAGGAUGCACCGGCAUUUCGGUUGGAACAAACACGCUAUGCUCAUGUUUAGCGAUAAUAAGAAAGACGACCGGCCGUGCUACUUUGCCGUGGAGGGGCCGUACACACAGAUGCGUGAGGACAACAUCACAGCAGAUGACUUGGUGUUUAAUGAGGAUGAUGAACCCGUCCGUUAUGAAGUGCUUCUCCGGGAAAUCAGCCAGAAAGCCCGUGUGGUGUAUGUCUGCUGCAAGUGGGAGACGUUUCGCAAGCUGAUGGUGGAGGUCUUGAGGUACGGUCUUCCUCAGGAGGAGUACGCCUUCUUCUUCAUUGAUCUGUUUGGAUACAGUCUGCAGAGCCACCCUGCCAAACCAUGGGCACGCGGAGAUGCUGAUGACAAUCUGGCCAAGGAGGCAUUUAAAAGCGUGAAGAUCCUGACCUACAGAGAGCCUCAAAACCCAGAGUACAAGGACUUUGUGUCCAAACUGAAGACAGAUGCCAUGGACAUGUUUAACUUCAGCAUAGAAGAUUCUCUGAUGAAUCUGAUUUCUGGCUCAUUCCACGAUGGAGUCAUGCUGUAUUCUCAUGCACUAAAUGAGACUCUGGAUCGGUCAGGUGUGAGGCCCCCAGGGGACGCUAUCAAUAAGAGGAUGUGGAAUCGCACAUACCAUGGGGUUACCGGACUUGUUCAACUGGAUGAGAAUGGCGAUCGGGAGAUUGACUUUGCUCUAUGGGACAUGACCGACAUGUCUACAGGAGUUUAUCAGAUUGUGUCAGUGUAUAAUGGCAGUCAAAAGCAGAUGAUUCCAGAGCCAGGGAUGACGGUGAACUGGCUGAAGGGAAAUCCACCUCCAGAUAUCCCACUGUGUGGCUUCAAAAAUGAUGACAUUGCCUGCCUGGCAAAGACUGUCACCAUGCACCAAAUGAUCUCCAUAGUGGUGUGCUUCAUUUUUAUCAUCAUCGUAACCAUCACAGUCUUCAUAUACAGGAAGCUGAAGCUGGAAAAUGAGUUGACUGCUCAGCUGUGGCGUGUGCACUGGGAGGACAUCCAUAUGAGUAACAUGGAGAAGGUGCUGCGCAGAGCCUGCAGUAAACUCACCAUGUCAUUGAGAGGCUCGAACUAUGGCUCACUGCUGACUAUGGAGGGAAACUUCCAGAUCUAUGCCAAGACUGGCUAUUACAAGGGAAACAUAACAGCCAUUAAGUAUGUCAACAAGAAGCGCAUCGAGCUCACCAGGAGAGUGCUGUUUGAACUCAAGCAUAUGCGUGAUGUACAGAAUGAACACCUGACACGAUUUAUCGGUGCUUGUAUCGACCCACCCAACAUCUGCAUCCUUUCUGAGUACUGUCCUCGAGGAAGCUUGCAGGACCUCAUGGAGAGUGAAGGAAUCACGCUGGACUGGAUGUUUCGCUAUUCUCUGAUCAAUGACAUUGUUAAGGGAAUGGUGUUCCUACACAACAGCGUCAUUGUCUCCCACGGCAACCUAAAGUCUUCCAAUUGCGUGGUGGACAGCCGCUUUGUGCUGAAGAUCACUGAUUAUGGCCUGGAAAGUUUCCGCAAGGAGAACAGCUUGGAGGACAUGCACUCUCUCUAUGCACGCAAGCUGUGGACAGCCCCCGAACUUCUGCGUGCUGACAGCCCACCUGUGUGUGGGACACAGAAAGGUGACGUCUAUAGCUUUGGCAUCAUCCUGCAGGAACUCGCCCUGCUGAAGGGCGUCUUCUACCUGGAAGGCCCCUGUCUCAGCCCUAAAGAGAUCAUCGAGCGUGUGGCGGAGGGCCGCUGGCCUUACCUGCGUCCGCUGCUGUGUCCUCAGAGCCACAGCGAUGAGUUGGGACAGCUGAUGCAGCGCUGCUGGUCAGAAGACAUCAACGAGAGGCCCGACUUCAACCAGAUUAAAGUACUGCUCCGCAAGAACAACCGUGGAUAUGGUUCCAACAUCCUGGAUAACCUCCUGUCCCGUAUGGAGCAGUAUGCUAAUAACCUUGAGGAGCUGGUGGAGGAGAGGACGCAGGCGUACCACGAGGAGAGGCGUAAAGCUGAAGCUCUGCUCUAUCAGAUCCUCCCACACUCAGUGGCUGAGCAGCUGAAGCGAGGUGAGAUGGUGCAGGCAGAAGCCUUUGACUCGGUCACCAUCUACUUCAGUGACAUCGUGGGCUUCACCGCAUUAUCAGCCGAAAGCACACCCAUGCAGGUGGUGACACUGCUGAAUGAUCUCUACACUUGCUUUGAUGCAAUCAUCGACAACUUUGACGUGUACAAGGUGGAAACCAUUGGUGACGCAUACAUGGUUGUGUCUGGCCUUCCUGUGAGGAACGGGAAACUGCACGCCCGCGAGAUCGCCCGCAUGUCUCUGGCUCUGCUGGAGGCCGUACACUCUUUCCAAAUCCGCCACCGACCCGACCAGCAGCUCCGCCUACGCAUCGGCAUCCACAGCGGCCCCGUGUGUGCAGGGGUGGUUGGUUUGAAAAUGCCUCGGUAUUGUUUGUUUGGUGAUACAGUCAAUACGGCUUCACGCAUGGAAUCCAAUGGAGAAGCCCUGAAGAUCCAUGUUUCAGAGGCCACAUGGGCCAUCCUGCAGGAGAUCAACUGCUUCCAGCUGGAGCUCAGGGGAGAUGUGGAGAUGAAGGGAAAGGGCCGGAUGAGGACGUACUGGCUGCUAGGAGAGAUCAGCUCCAAUAAUGCCUAAAAACUGACGGACAAGGAGAAAGAGCAAUGCACCAGAGAGGAGAGAACAAAACAAACACAUCUAAACGAGUACUGGGACAGUGUGGAACAGCGGGACGGAAGACGAUUUCUUCAGAAAAAGACCAGACUUAGAAAGUACUGUUUCAAACCUUGGUCUUGUUCAUCAUUCAUCUCCCAAAAGCUCAAGUUAUUGCUUCAUGGGAAUCCAGCUGUGACUUAUUUUGCCUAAAAAAACUAUACUUGAGUAGAAUUGUUUAGACAGCUGGAAGAUGACAUAAAGGACUGUCAGAUCAGUGACCACUGAGCUGAGCGGACCUUCUGCUGGUGUGUUUACGGGUCUCAUAGGAGAUUUGAAUUUUCUUUUGUCGUGAUAUGCUAGGUAUUCGAUCAGAUUUUUUACAGCAGUCAUCAGGAGUCCUCUGGGUCUGUUUGUUGUUGUUCGUGUUAUUAGUCAUGCAGAGACACAGUGCUGUAGUCACUCUAGUUUUUUAACUGCGAAAUGUUUUCCAUUCCUCCUCUGGGAUGCAGGUCAGUUCAGAUCUCUUCUAUCUCCCAGAUCCGAUCCAGUCAGCAGAGGGUUUUGAACCACAGAUGAAAGUUACGCACAUAACAGAAAUAAUAAUAAAUGGCAAGUAUGAUUAAGAAAGCAUAGAAAUGUGCAAUGAUGGAUUUUGUUCUUAGAUCUCAAGACAGAAAAUCCACAUGUAUUGAUGUUGCAAUCGUGUUUUGGAUGAAAC